AUAUAAACCUCCUGAGUACUAUUACUCUUCAUAUAUAGUUAUUCCCACAAGUUCUUUUUGCUACUAUAAAUAUCCAUUUUACCUGUCUUACGCUCAGCAACCAAGUCUCCCAAAGGGCCAAAAAAAAAAAAAAGGGACCAAAACCUGUCAAAGUAAAAUUUGCUAAAAAAGAAUGGCAAAAGUGAGUACAGAUCCUUUGGUGAUUGGUCGAGUAAUCGGAGAUGUGGUUGACCAAUUCUCACCGACUGUAAAGAUGUCUGUAACUUACAACUGUAACAAGCAAGUCUACAAUGGACAUGAACUCUUUCCUUCCUCAGUUACCAUGAAGCCUAAAGUUCAAGUUCAUGGUGGUGAUCUUAGGUCUUUCUUCACUCUGAUUAUGACUGACCCUGAUGCUCCUGGACCUAGUGAUCCAUACCUUAAAGAGCACUUGCAUUGGAUCGUUACAGACAUUCCGGGAACAACAGAUGCCUCAUUCGGGAAAGAAUUGGUGAAUUAUGAGAUGCCAAGGCCAAAUAUAGGGAUCCACAGGUUUGUGUUCCUAUUGUUCAAGCAGAAAAGAAGAUCACAGCCAGUGAAUAUUGCAUCACUUUCAUCAAGGGAUGGAUUCAACACCCGAGCUUUUGCACAUGAAAAUGAAUUGGGACUUCCUGUUUCUGCUGUUUUCUUCAACUGCCAGCGGGAAACUGCGGCCAGAAGGCGCUAAAUGAAUGAAUGAAUGAAUGAUGAUGAUAAAAGCUGCAGAAUAAUUGUCGACCCACUAAAAAAGACAUCUUUUCUUAGUGUUAUUAAUAUGUGACAUGUCUAUGUAUAUUGUAUCCAUCAUUAAUGUUGUUUGCAGAGACACAAAUGUGCGCUCUAAUUUGUACCAUAACCCUACCAAUGUGCACUUCAAUCCAAUGUUUUCUGCAACCGCAAUUUAAGUGAAUUUGGC